GAGGGAUGUCAACUAGGUAUUAUCGAAAUCAUAUCAACAUCUCAAUUUUAAUUGAUAUCAUAAAGUACAUAAAAUAGGUAUUAAUGAGCAUUUAUUGCUGCUGCAUCUAAAUGGCAUUCACAUUGGCAUUGUCAUUUUUGUUGCUGCUGACGCUAUCGUCGCCAAGUCUUAGCCAACAAUCGCAAUAUUCAAGCGAUGAGGAAUUUCAUGAGGAGCUUGUGGUGCGACCGCUUGCCGGCGAUCAUGUUAAUACGUAUUUUCAAUUCACAACACGCUGGCACUACGGCAAUCGCAACAAUCUUUAUCACACGCAGCUGACGCCGCGCGUCAUUGCCGAAAUUCUGCAAACCUAUGAUGUAAAGGAGCUGCAUAUAAGUCUGACCCAGGGAUUGUGGCGUUACGAGACCUGGGGUUAUCCCAUUGUGGAGGCAACGGGCGGUGCCGAGCUGUGGGCGUGGUUUAGUGCCCGCAAUUUAAGCAGCGAUAAUGUCAACAAACAAUGGAUGCAAUUAUCGAAUGUCUUUUCCGGCGUACUCUGCUCCUCGCUCAAUUUCGUGGAUAAUACCAAUAGUAUUGCACCCAAGCACAUGUUCCGUCCGCAGUUUAUGAGAUCCCAAUCCCAGGCCGGCAAUGCGAGCAGUGAACAACAAUAUGUACGCUAUGCAACGUUACCACGUGAAAUUGUGUGUACGGAGAACUUGACGCCGUGGAAGAAACUAUUGCCAUGUGGCAGUGCAUCCGGUUUAGCCACAUUGCUCAACUCGGGCUAUGUGCACAAUACCAAAUAUCAUUCGCUGGGCCUCAAGGUGCGUACACUCUGUGAUACCGAUGAUGCCAACAAUUGCAUUGUGGAGCUGACACAAACGGCGAAUCUGGUCUAUGAUCUCAAAUUGUUGGAGCAGAGCAACACAGACUUUUCGCUGCGUCGUCUAUUUGGCAUGGGAUUGAAUGGUUACUGUGAGCUGGCCAGCAGCAGUAAGAUCUAUGUGCAACGUAAUGAGCAAGGGGAACGCUUUCAGUUGGUGCCGCCACCGCAGGAUGUGGUGACGAGCACUCGUGGUGGUUACACUGUCCAGUAUGCUGUCUACGAUAUGCAGCAGCUGUUUGCGGGUCAAGGAGCGCGUCUCUUUAACAUUGCCUGGGUGGGAGCAAAAGACAAUCCCAAUGGCCGCAAAGAUCGCCAAUUGUCGCUGCCACCGAUCUAUGCGCAUCGUUAUCUGCUUGGCAAUGGACAGAAACGUGGACGUAUUGCCACUGAGAUUAGCAAUACGCAUUAUGAGCCACUGCCUGUUGUGCUGCUGGAGCUGAUACCAUGGUAUGUCCAUGCCUAUCUGCAUACGUUGCGUAUACGCAUCAAGGCGCAGCGACGCCAUGAAUAUGAUCAAACGGAGGAGCUGCCAUUUAAGCUGCUUCAUUAUGCGCCUGGCAAGCAACGUGAGUUGCCCACACAUCUGGAGAUUGGCUUCAUGCUGCCGGCACAGAGCAGUGCUUUGAUUACCAUCGAGGUGGAUUAUUUGCUGCUCAAGUGGCUGGAAUAUCCGCCGGAUGCGAAUCAUGGCCAUUAUAUUGGGGCGGCUGUCAUCAGCACACAGCUGCCAAUGGGACGCAACUAUACGGCAUUGCCGCUGGAGGGGCAUCUCUUCAAAGAUUCGUUUAAUGCGUCACGAGCCAGCUAUACAUUGACACUGCGCACCGAGGCACUGAUUGUAUCGCUGCCCACACCGGACUUUAGUAUGCCCUAUAAUGUCAUCUGUUUGGCCUGCACCGUGGUCGCCUUGGCAUUUGGGCCAAUUCACAGUGUUGCCACCAAAUUGAUGAUUGUGGAACGUCAGACGACCAUACCACGUAAUCUAUUGCGUAAACUCUUUCACAAGCUGACGAAUCGUAAACGCAAGGAAGCUGCAACUGCUCCAGAAACUGUUGACCAAAAGAAGGAGCAGGAAAAUCAGCAGGAAAAGGAGCAGGAACAACUAUUGGAUAAGCAACAAGCUUGUGAUAAGCAGGCGCACAUGUGAUAAACAAAGACAACUGAGAGAAAGAGAUAGAGAGUGAGAGAUCAUGGGUCAGAUAAAGAUAGCAGGAGAGGGAGAGAGAGAGAGAGAGAGAGAGAGAAGAGAAGUGAGAUAUACUCGUAAGCAGCUCCUAUUUCAGUGGCUUUUACAAAACAUAUUCCAAAGUACGACAGUCAUUUCGAUCCAUAUGUAUGUUUAAUAUUAACUAAAUCGCCUGGCAUGUUCCAAUUACUCGUUCCACAAAUAAAACGCUCCAUGUCCAUAUA